UCGCGGGAAGGAGGGCGGCCCUCGGCGGGCGGAGCGGAGGGGUCAAGGGGCGGUGCUGACCUCCCGCCUGUAGCAACGCCAUGGCGGCCUGCGCCUUUCGCAGGAGCAUCGCCCGCCAGCUCUCUGAAGUUUUGGAUUUGCCACCGGAGAACUUAAUAAAGUCCAUCUCUGCAGUUCCUGUCUCCAGAAAACGGCGUAAUGCUGAUUUCCAGCUUUCCAUUGCUUCCAUAGAAGAAGGCAGUUCUAGAGAUUACAUGGCACAAGAUCUUCAGCUUCGAGCUCAGAAGCUAGCUGAGAAGCUAAAAUGUGAUGCUGUAGUGAGUGAAAUCAGCACUGGUCCAGGAACAGUAAACUUUACAAUAAACAGGGAAUUGCUAGCAAAGGCUGUUCUGCAGCAGGUGCGGAAAGAUGGCACACAAUAUGGAACAAAAAGUGAACUUUUCUCUACUGUGCCUAAACAAAAGGCUGUGGUUGAGUUCAGCUCCCCUAAUAUUGCCAAAAAGUUUCACAUAGGACACUUGCGUUCCACCAUCAUAGGAAAUUUUAUAGCAAAUCUCAAAGUUGCACUGGGACAUGAAGUAACAAGAAUCAAUUACCUUGGUGACUGGGGCAUGCAGUUCGGCUUACUAGGCGUGGGUUUCCAACAGUUUGGUGAGAAAGAAAAGCUGAAAUCCAGUCCUUUACAGCACCUUUUUGAGGUGUAUGUGCAGAUUAACAAAGCAGCAGCAGAUGAAAACACAAAAAAGCUGGCCAAGGAUUUCUUUAGAAAGCUGGAGGAACAUGAUGAGCAGGCAUUGUCACUUUGGAAAGAAUUUAGAGACUUCAGUAUUAAAGAAUACACCCGAAUUUAUAAGCGUCUAGGAGUGCACUUUGAUGAGUAUUCUGGAGAAUCAUUUUAUCAAGAGAAAUCCCGUGAAGUUCUAAAGAUGUUGGAAGAUAAAGGGCUCCUUCAGAAAACAGCAAAAGGGACCGGAGUUGUGGAUCUUUCAGAAAAGAAAGACCUCUCAUCACUUUCCACAGUCAGUCGUAGUGAUGGGACAUCUCUUUAUAUAACAAGAGACCUCGCUGCUGCCAUAGAUCGAAUGAAUAAGUAUAACUGGGAUACUAUGAUUUAUGUGACAGACAGGAACCAAAGUAGUCACUUUCAACACUUGUUCCAAAUACUGAAGCUCAUGGGUUAUGACUGGGUAGAAAGGUGCCAGCACGUGUCCUUUGGGCUAGUCCAAGGGAUGAAGACUCGGAAAGGAGAAGUUGUUUUCCUGGAAGAUGUUUUAGAUGAAGUUCGAUCGAGGAUGUUAGAAAACAUGGCUUCUGCAAAAACAACCAAAGAGGUAGAAGACCCUAUGGAGACAGCAGAGAAGGUUGGUCUUGCAGCGCUAAUAAUUCAGGACUUCCGAGGCCUCCUCUCAUCUGAUUAUCAGUUCAGCUGGGAUCGAGCUCUUCAAAGUCGUGGAGAUACAGGCGUGUUCUUGCAGUACACCCAUGCCAGACUCCACAGUUUAGAACGGAUGCAUGGGAAUGAGCCAGUAACUGAUGUUAAUGUGGCAUGCUUGCAAGAGCCAGAUGCAAUCUCUCUUCUUCAGCAUCUUCUCAGGUAUGAUGAGGUCCUAUACAGAUCCUCUCAGGAUCUGCAACCAAAGCACAUAGUCAGCUACCUCCUCACACUUAGCCAUCUUGCAGCUGUGGCACAUCAAACUCUUCCUGUGAAAGGCAGCACACCUGCACUAGCCCAGGCAAGGCUCUGUCUCUUUCAAGCCACACGCUCCGUUCUAGCCAACGGAAUGAAGCUUCUUGGCAUUACACCUGUAACUCGAAUGUAAUGAGGCUGUAUGCUGUAUGUGACUUCAUAAAGGUUAUUUUUCAAGAGAA